AUGGAAAAUGUUAACUGGGAGACAAAUCACUCUGGACAAUCUGGUUUCAUCCUGGUGGGAAUCUUCAGUCAAUCAAAACAUCCAACUCUACUGUGUGUGGUGAUUUUUAUAGUUCUCCUGAUGGCUUUGAUUGGGAACACUGUCUUGAUUUUUCUGAUACACUCUGAUACCCACCUCCACACCGCCAUGUACUUUUUCAUCAGCCAGUUGUCUCUCAUGGAUGUGAUGUAUAUUUCCGUCACUGUGCCCAAGAUGCUCAUAGACCAGGCCAUGGGUGUGAAUAAGAUCUCAGCCCCUGAGUGUGCUGUGCAGAUGUUCCUUUAUGUGACUCUAGCAGGGUCAGAGUUUUUCUUUCUAGCUGCCAUGGCCUAUGACCGCUAUGUAGCCAUUUGCCAUCCUCUCCGUUACUCUGUUCUUAUGAACCACAGGGUGUGUCUCCUACUGGCAUCUGGCUGCUGGUUUCUGGGCUCGGUGGAUGGCUUUAUGCUCACACCCAUCACCAUGACCUUCCCCUUCUGCAGAUCCCGGGAGAUCCAUCAUUUCUUCUGUGAGGUCCCUGCUGUAAUGAAGCUUUCCUGUUCAGACACCUCCCUCUAUGAGACACUCAUGUACCUGUGUUGUGUCCUCAUGCUCCUCAUCCCUGUGACAGUCAUUUCAAGCUCUUAUUUUUUCAUUCUGCUUACCAUCCACAGAAUGAACUCAGCAGAGGUCAGGAAGAAGGCUUUUGCCACUUGUUCUUCCCAUAUGACUGUGGUCAUCCUGUUUUAUGGUGCUGCUGUUUACACCUACAUGCUUCCCAACUCCUACCACACCCCUGAGAAAGACAUGGUGGUGUCUGUCUUUUAUACCAUACUCACUCCAGUGCUAAACCCUUUAAUCUAUAGUUUCAGGAAUAAGGAUGUCAUGGGGGCUUUGAAGAAAAUGUUGAAUGUGGGACCUGUCCAUCAAGAAACUAUAAAGUAG